CCGGAAUCAAGUGCGGAUACACGACAGUCGCCACCAACAUCUGUCAUUAGUUACGUAUCCAGCUAUUUAAAUUACCGACUGUGAUACAUUCCAUCAAGUGGAAGUGAGAAAAAAAUGGCUCCUCAUGGUGGAAGACCUGUUGGGCCACCAAGAUUAACUUCAUUCCUUCGGGCUUAUGCCAAUGUCAGCAGGAAAGGAAAAGAGGAUGAUUACGACCUGGCCCAAAUCUUGGCAAUCAAAAGGGAACAGCGAAGGCAGCGAAUGAAAGAGAGUGGAGUCACAUGGCCUCGCAUCAAGAGCCAGGUGGAGCGUCUCGGGAGGGAGAAUGGGGUUAAUUUAGAGUGUUAUUUGCGAGAAGUGGCAGAUGUGGCACGCCAGUGUGACAGUAGUGACAGUGUGAGAGUGUGGAGAGUGUGA